CUAAAAGGCGGUGCUUCAUUUCACUAAAUCCGCCAAUUAGAUGAGAGAUUAUCAACCAGUCGAUGCUGAUUGGUUACGUUGACCCGUCCUUCAACCAAGACUGAGCGAAUGGCUCAUCCCACAACCGGCUGCUGGGGAAACCACCACGUGACCAAUACUCCUUAGACAUGAACUCACUGGAGCAGGCCGAAGACCUGAAAGCCUUUGAGAGAAGACUGACAGAAUAUGUCUCAUGUUUACAACCUGCAACAGGCAGGUGGAGAAUGAUUUUAAUCGUAGUGUCAGUCUGCACAGCCACAGGAGCUUGGAACUGGUUGAUAGACCCUGAUACACAGAAGGUGUCUUUCUUUUCAUCGCUGUGGAAUCAUCCCUUCUUUACCAUCAGCUGUAUCACGCUCAUAGCACUCUUCUUUGCUGGGAUACAUAAGCGAGUAGUGGCACCGUCGAUAAUAGCUGCCAGGUGUCGGACAGUAUUAGCAGAAUACAACAUGUCCUGCGAUGAUACAGGGAAGCUUAUACUCAAACCACGGCCAAACAUCCAGUAGGCGUACGACUGUGUAGUGAGAAGACGUCGGUGGGAUAGUAUUGUCAUCAUGGUGAUGAAACACGGCCAUUAUGUAGCUGUGCUCUUGUCGAAGCUGCUCAAUUCCUCUUAACAGUACUUCUGUGUGAUUUUGUUAAUCUUGUAUUUUAUCCAAAUGUAUCUAUUUUUUAAACUAUUUACCUAAUAAAUAUACCAGCUGUGAAAACUGAUUGUUUUUAAGUAUUUGAUGUGUACUUAUUUUAUGACGCUG